AUGCUUCUAAGUACUGAACAGAUAAACCUAAUUGGACAAGUGUUUGAGUCGUAUGUUCUGGAACACCACAAAAAUGACCUCUUGCUGAUUUUAAGAGAAAAAGAUGACGAUACGCAUUACCCAGUUAUUGUUGAUGCUAUGACGCUAUUUGAGACCAACAUGGAAGUUGGUGAAUAUUUUAAUGCUUUUCCCAAUGAAGUGCUCCCUGUUUUUGACAGUGCGUUGCGCAGGGCAGCCAUGACCCUUUCUCAGUCCGUUCCUCAAACGGAUGACUUUGUUGUUAAACAGAACCUUCAUGCCAGGAUAUCAGGUAUGAAUUUCAUCAGAUUGCAACCAUGUAUUGAAUUGCAUUGAAGAGAAACUCUCCAGGCAUUAGUGUAAUUUAUAUAUUUAUUUAUUUAUUUAUUCAUUCAUUUAUUACAAAGAAUCUUAAUAAUUAUAGAAUGUAAAAAGGGGAGGUUGGAGUCUGCUGUUUUGUUCACAGUUUUCUUUUCUCCCUGCCUGUCUCCAGACAGUUCAAAGUGGCAUGCAGGAUUGCGACACGCUUUGGGCAGGUCUCCACCUUUCCCUCCCUCUGAAAUGGUUCUUACUCAGUCCCACCAGCUCCCAGAUUUUACUGAUGUUAUUAAUUAUUGUUUAUUUUUUCCAUUAUAAUAUUUAUUCUCUGACCAAUGGUCUCAGUCCCCCCUCGAUGACUGCAUCCCUUUGCUUGCUGGCCUCCCUGUCUCUUAUCUUAUAAAGGGCAAAACAAGGUGGCUCCUAUUAUUCUUCAAAUGCUUUACUUUUGGAUCUCAGUUGUCUGCUUGUCUGAUGCUUUGCCUGAGAACCAUGCCAAAAAGAUGUGCAGUAGCUUACUGAAGUGCUGUAGCUGUCUCUGGCUUGAGGUGCAUAAGCUGUGCUUUAAGAAGGUCGUCAAGUUUAGGCCUAUUAAUAGAAAAAAGGAUGCUGCAGGCAAAAUGGUGGGAAAACAUGAAGCUCUUCUUAAUUUAUGUAGAGAGUAUAAUAUCUCCAAGGUUACAAUAACACACACACACUCACUCUCUCCAGGACUUAUUUUGUGUUCUGACUGAACGAUGGGGUGUUUUUGUUUUUAAAAGUACAGUGUGUUUUGUGAUCUAUUUUUAUGUUAAUCACUCCCCUCAAAGGCUUCCUCCCUGUAUGCACCUGUAGUGUCACACUGAGGAAGAGUAUUGUUAUCAGGAGUAGAUAGUGUGAUGCCAUCAAUUUUCCCUCUAUAAGGCUUUGCAUAUCUUUAUAACUAUAACCUAUGGAUGUAUCAGUUAAUAUGAAUCUGUGUAGUCAGCAAUUCUAGGAACCUGCAGGUUUAGCAUUUAUUGCAAAGGACUUAGUAAAAUGCGUACAAAUGGGAGGCGGGGAUGCAGUUGAGGCAGGGGUGAUCUGUCUUAUAGAGAUAAAGCAGAAUAUGGUCUCACAGUGAUCACAGAAUGCUUGCCAAGGCUUUGAGAACAUUAUAGGUUGACAUGGGAGUUUCCUGCUAGCUAUCUCCCUAUGUAGAAUUCCGGUAAAACAUAAAUAGUUUCCAAGGCCACGAGAACAUGGAGAAAUAAAAUAAUUAUUUUAUUAUUUAUUAAAUUUGUAUGCCUGCUUCAUCAGAGGAUCACAGGGUGGUUUAUAACAUAAAAAGACACAGUGAGAAUCAAUAUUGACAAGCUGGAAUGUGUGCAUAGGAGGGCGACAAAGUUGAUACAGGGAACUGACCACUAACAGUGUGUCUGUCUUAUCUGGAGUGAACUUCAGUGCAUUGGCUCUCAUCCAGUCCACUAGCAAGGCAAGACAAUGGUCUGGCACAUCCACUGCUCCACCUGCAGAUGUAAAGGAGAAGUAAGGCUGUGUGUCAUCCGCAUAUUGCUGAAAACUUGCUCCACAAUUCUGGAUGACCUCACUCAGUGGUUUCAUGUAGAUACUAAAAUGUGAAAAGGCUGUGUGGUGGCAUUGAAGAGGCUAGGGUUCUCAUCCAGUAAGAAUCCCACCACAGAUCUUGUCAGCACAGGGCCUGCACCACUUGCCUGUAAGGAGCUUGAAACCACUGCUGCAUGGAAAGGAGGGGGUUCUUGGCAGUCUACAAAUUUAUCCCAUGAAUAAAAGCUGUAAAAGAGCAACCUGAAUGUUUUUUAUUGCCUAUAUGAGUCCAAAAUAACUAUUUGGGCUUUGGUGAAACAUCACCCAAGAAUUCUGGGGGUUGUGGGUGGCCAGCAUAUCAUAAGCUUGACACUCACAUAUGCUUUAAAACCUCUGAGUAUUAGUUAUGUGUUUUAAGCUUAUUACCCUCAUGAUAUAUGUGGUUAUGUUUUAUCUGCUCUAGCCAGUUGUAUCUGCAUUUGCUUUAGAAGUUUUGUUCAAAGUCAUUCAAGUGGAAAACACUCCACCAUGUAAUUAAUUGAGAAUUGCACAUGGUAGAUUAAUGACAGAUAAGUUCGAAAGCACGUCAAAGUGCAAGUAGAUAAAUAGGUACCGCUCUGGCGGGAAGGUAAAAGGCGUUUCCGUGCACUGCUCUGGUUUCGCCAGAAGCGGCUUAGUCAUGCUGGCCACAUGACCUGGAAAUACUGUCUGUGGACAAACGUCGGCUCCCUCAGACAGUAAACAAGAUGAGCGCUGCAACCCCAGUGUCAUUUGCGACUGGCUUUAACUGUCAGGGGUCCUUUACCUUUGGCUUUCUACUAGGGGCCAAGGGUAGCAAACAUAGUAUGCCCUAAAAAUUGCUGAACUACAGCUCCCAUAAUCCCUGACCAUUGGCCAUGUUCACUGGGACUGUUGAGAGUUGGCAUGCCACCAGUUCCCCAUCCAAGCUGUUAGUAGUAGAUCAAGUUAAUGAAAUACUUUGAUGGCAGCUCUACAUCAAGGUGUAUCUGAGAAUGCCUUGCAAACUUGUGCUGCUGGGGAAUUGAAGAUGCAGCCUUGAUGGGAUUUAACAGUGACAUAAGAAAACAUAGCUUUAAUUAACAUUUGUGGGGUAAUAUUUUCUAUGUGCUGAUUUACCAGGUUUGCCGGUUUGCCCAGAGCUAACCAGAGAACACAUCCCAAAGACCAGAGAUGUGGGACACUUCCUCUCAGUCACUGGCACUGUUAUUCGUACCAGUCUUGUGAAAGUCCUGGAGUUUGAACGGGAUUACAUGUGCAACAAGUGCAAGCAUGUGUUUGUAGUCAAGGCUGACUUUGAACAAUACUAUGCUUUCUGCCGUCCUCCAGCCUGUCCUAAUGAAGAAGGCUGCAACUCAUCUAAGUUUACAUGCCUCACUGGAACAUCCUGUGCUCCCAACAGCUGCAGAGACUACCAAGAAAUCAAGAUUCAGGAGCAGGUAUCAAAUAUAUUUAAACUAAUACCAUGACUUUUCUGGGGUCCUAAUUUUGCUAUGGAAAUCAGUGGAUAGAUGUUAGCUUCAGUGAUAUGUCUCCUCCAUCCCUUUUAAUAUUGGCUAUACCUUCUGUCGUGAUUCUGUGUCCCAGCCAUGGCACAUUAGUUCCCACCAUUCAUCUCUGCAAAAUUAGGAUCUCACAAUAGGGUUAACACAAAUUGGCAAAAUGCUUAAACAGAUGAUAUGCCCUGAUGACUGCCAUAGCCGUUAUAGUAACAUGGAUGCAAGCAUAGAAAUUAUUAUGCAUUGUUUUACCAUUCUGCCUGCAUUCUACCUGUAUCUUAUUAAUAAUUAUGGCAAACUUCAAAUAUGCAGUGUUGAGAUUGUACUGAAUUUUCCCUGGAGGACAAAAACAAUACAAUUACCGGCAUACAUAUAGAUUGAAUCCCUGUGUUGCAGCAAAAUCACAUUUUUGCAUCUUCUUAUAAGGAACAUCUUAAUUUUUAAGCAGACAACAGUCCUGGAAAAUCACAUUAGGUGUGCUUAAAUAAACCAUCAGGUAACAGUACCAUUCCACAUUGCUGUUUAGUUAUUUUUUUCUCUUGAUAUUUUUCCAGCAGACAUUGAGAGAUGUGAAUUAAAAUGAUCAGCACCUAAAAUGGUUUAAGACCAAAGGCUAGUUUCAUUGUCACUGAUGGCUAACUUCCCACUCCAUUUCAUCUGAGCAGCAUGCCCAUUCAAAUGCAUUCUUUAAGAGAAAGUGCUUCUGUUUUAAUUCAGGAAAAGUUUAGUGUUUUGGAAACUUUGUAUGCAGCAUAUGGAAAUCCCAAGAAAUGAAUGAAAUUGAUGUACAAGAGCAAGGUGGCAAUUGAGCUCCUUCCUAAUUUCCUCCCCACCCCCAAAUAAUUGUAACAACCCAGCUGGUACCUCAUCACCACAUUGCCUUGUAUUUAUUGGUUUGACAUGUCAAGUGUCCCCAUGCUGUAAAAGUAUUUCAAGGCCACAAUCCUAUGCAGAUUGAUUUGGGAAUAAGCCCCACUGAACAUCAUGGAUUAAAUUAUGACUCAACUUGCAUAGGCUCAGGCUGCAAAUUAUUUGGAAAGGGGUCACCAUAGUAUUCAUAACCUGACUGAAAUAUAGACCAAAUGAAAGCAGAUUGCCUGGACACCAUUGGGUAGCUAAAGAAUUAUUUCCCAGGGAUGAGGCCACAAAUGAUCAACAUAGGUACUCAAGUGUAAUUUCUGUUGAGAUAUUUGUAGGAUUCUAGCUCAGGAUUAUUUUGAACAUUGUUUAUCUUGAAAUAAAAUACAUACACUUCUUGCAAUCUAGGUUCAAAGGCUCUCUGUUGGAAGUAUUCCUCGUUCUAUGAUAGUUGUCCUUGAAGAUGACUUAGUUGACAGCUGCAAAUCUGGUGAGUUCUGUGUCACUGCCUUUUGAAAAAAUCUUCUUUAGGACUGUCCAUGUUUGAAAAGGUGAAAGCAGAGUUGUUACUGUCUAAUAGGAAAAUGUUAUAUGCCAUGUUGUUUUGCUGGCAUUGUGGUCAUACAAUAUGAAAUCUUGAUACUUUAAGACAAUUGUGGCUUGUGAGAGGAAACUUCCAUUUCAAGGGGCACCUUAUUUUCUUUUUAGCCCACUGAUCUUUUUAAUGGUUUUUUUAAAGUCAUUUUUCAUUAGAAAUUUAUUCCAUACCUUAAUUACAUUACCAUUAGAUGAAAUAAACAUUUCUUUUACCAUGUUGCAAUACUAAUUGCUAGAUGAAGGUUGCGGUCAAAGUUUUUUAAACCCUAAAUGUAAAUUUGAUCUGUUUCCAAAUAUAUUAUUCUUUAUAUGCACAAUUUAAAAAUCAUAAUGUUUACCACUCGGUUGUUCCUUGCUUAUAAUUUGGUUGAUUAGUGAUUGUUAGCAUUAAACUUUGUUUUUAGCAGGUAUUGUCUUGUUUGUUUAUUUUUAUUUGAGCUGCAUUGCCUCUAAAACUUUACAAAUAAAGGUUUUAAAAAGUUGCUACAUAGAAGAUAAUGUCAUUGACGUUAGGUGAAAGCUCAGUCAGUAGAGCAUGAGACUCUUAAUCCCAGGGUUGUGGGGUUUGAGCCCCAUGUUGGGCAACAGAUUCCUGCACUGCAGGGGGUUGGAAUACAUUAUCCUUGUGGUCCCUUCCAGCUCUAUGAUUCUAUGAUUCCAAUCCAUCAGAGUGCUAGCAUCUAAAGUAUUUAGCUGUUAAACAGAUGUCUGCAGGUAUUAACCAAGUUAACUGAGAGAGAGGCAAAGGAUGUGCUCUGUAUGCAAAUGCUAAGUUUUAUUCCUGACUUUCCCAUUUUAAGGGUUGGGAAAGGCUCCUGCACAAAUCCUUAGAAAGCCAUUUGCAGUCAGAAUAGAUGAUGCUGACCUCGAUGGACCAAUAGUCUGAGUCAACCAAAGGAAGCUUUUGUGUGUUCAGAAUGUGAUAUGUGCAAUAUUGUUUUGACCAUUCUCGUUUGUCCUCAGGUGAUGACAUAACAGUUUAUGGAGUAGUAAUGCAGAGGUGGAAACCUUUUCACCAGGAUGCACGUUGUGAUGUAGAGAUUGUCUUAAAGGCCAAUUACAUUCAAGUAAACAACGAGCAGAUGUUAGGUGUUAUAAUUGAUGAGGAGGUCCGCAAAGAAUUUGAAGAUUUUUGGGGAAAACAUAGGGGCGACCCCUUAGCAGGUUUGUAAAAGAGAAUAUAAUAGAUUAGUGGAAUGAAAAAAUGCUAACACACCAUUUUUUUUUAGUGGUGGGGGGGCGGAACAUAUUCACAAUUAGGCCUGUUUCGUUAGGUCUGAUUUCUAAGCUGCUGCUUUUAUGGAGGACAGUAGGACUUUUCUAUCAGUUGGGCCAUACCUAAAUACGCAAAACCCACCUGCACUGUCAGUUGUUUACUCAAUAAAUGCACGUUUGAUCCCUGUUUGUUUCAUUCUCACAGCAUUUUUCCUCAUCAAGAUACUUUGGCAUCAGGAAUUUUAUUGUUUCUGAGCAUUAAAAGCACUAAAACACAUAGUUCAAAGCUUUCUCCCAGAUAAUAAAUUCAUAGCAAAUUUAUUGCAGGUUCUGUUAUGAACUUAGUUGUACAAUGGUACCUUGGUUUACAAACUUAAUCCAUUCCUGAAGUCCGUUCUUAAACCAAAUCUGUUCUUAAACUGAGGCGCACUUUCCCUAAUGAGGCCUCCCGCUGCCAAUGCCCUUCCACCAUUCAGCUUCUGUUUGCAGACCAAGAUAAAGUUCGCAAAAGGGAACACUACUUCUGGUUUUGUGGAGUUCGUAAACCGAAUAUUUCAUUAACAGGGCUGUUCAUAAACUGAGGUACCACUGUAUGCACUUUUUAUAUAAAUAACUUAAAAUGACAUCAGAACGUAACGGUCUGUUGUCUUGUUAGAUGAUGUGUUGAGCAGCAUUGUACUGUCAAAAAAGUUAUAGAGUUUUCUGCUUAGUGUGCAAUAAAUGGUGCCUAACUGAAUUUCCUAGUAACUUUCAUUUUAAAUGAUGGAGCAGUGCUGUGACUAUUCAGGUUGAUGGAUGGGGAAGAGACAUCCUAGAGCAGGCACCCCCAAACUCGGCCCUCCAGACGUUUUGGGACUACAACUCCCAUCAUCCCUAACCAGGGAUGAUGGGAGUUGUAGUCCCAAAACGUCUGGAGGGCCGAGUUUGGGGGUGCCUAUCCUAGAGUCUGUGCAAGCGAGAAGUGGCCUUGGGGACAGACAGCCACACUACUUUAUUUAUUGAUUCUGUUUGUGUGACCAAGAGGCAGAAGCCAGGAGCUGGCUUUUAUGUGGGUAAUAAAUAUUUACUCGAAACUAAGAGUUCUGUGUGCACUCAGAUCUGCACAUUGUACCACUGCCUGUGCAAAGCCAUUCAUUUAAGUGGAGAGACCUGAUCUACUCAAACCUUCCUUUGCUUGAAAUUAAUUAUUUAAUGCAUGAAGGAUGUUCUUGCUGAUGGUAGACUUCUGUACAUCUGUCAGAGCUCUCACAGCCAGAACCAGUCUGUGUUAUUUCUAUGACCCCCUCGAGUAUACCUGUGAGGAAUAAUAAUAAAGGUGUUUCAGUAAAGCUAUACAUCUCAUUUAUUCCAGUAGCACAAGGCAUGGUGGAGCGCUGCCACUCACCUGACCUCUGGUCGGUUGUAUCACUGCUGCUUAUGGGAGGUUAGAGGAGGAGGGGCGAAGCGGCAUGGAGGUUGGCAUGGUGCAAAUGCACUGCCAGGAGCACUGAAUUAGCUCCAUACCAUGCCAACCUUGCUGCCACCUUUCCCUUCCACCUCCCAGUAAGCAGCAGCAACAUGAGUGAGCAGACUUCUCCAAUAAACCAUCUUCUACUGAUCCAAUUUCUACAUGUUCUCUAAGUAUCACUGCCCACUGGAAAACACUGAAUCUGGGCUUUUUUUUCUGUUCAGCAUCAUGUGAGACCAUUCCCACAACAAACCAAUAUUUACAAAAGUGCCAUCUGAUCAUUAUUUUUUUUAAUUCACCUGUCAUAGUCUGUUACUUUAAAUCAAGGAGUUCAAAUGAGUGGUAUCUUAGACAUUUACUUGGGAAAUGUGUGUGAUCAGAUAUAGUUUGUUAUCAGCUGAACUAAUUAUUUUCCCUCCCCCCUUUUCAGGGAGAAACGACAUUUUAGCAAGCUUGUGCCCUCAGAUUUUUGGGUUGUAUCUUGUGAAGUUGGCCGUAGCCAUGGUGCUUGCAGGGGGUGUGCAGAGAACAGAUGCUGCAGGCACUCGGGUUAGAGGUUAGUAUAUAUAAAACCUAUCCCCUCUUUUACAUACACACAACCCUCUAUAGACCUGUCUCCUUUAUCACUACGUUGGCCUGAAUUACUGUACCACUUGUAGUGUAAAAGAGCUGCCAUUGUAUGAUUUUUUAAUCCCUUAGUGCUUUCUUGAUAAAGUAGUCCCAUGAAAGACACUCACAUAAGUUAUCAUGUCCCUAAAAACUCUAGAAAGCAACUGUAUGUUGUACACUUUGAGGAACAAUAGCAACAGUCACAAAGACGGCUUUAAAUUUGCUGUACUACUUCACAGGACUGUGUCACUUUGUCACAACAUUGUUGUGAUGCUUUUCGUGGUAGUUUAAAAAUAUUUUUUAAUGACUUCUUUAAAUUUAAAUAAUCCACCAGCAAGUUAAUAACAUGAAAAUAAAGAUUUGACCAGAUUUUGGAGGGGAAAGAGCAAAAUCUCACAAAAGCCUUAUUCACACGUCAUGCUGAACCAGGGGUCAGCAAUGUUUUUUGAGGCUGGGCCGGUCCACUCCCCGGCAGACCUCUCAGUGGGCCAGAGUGUGCAUGCCCGCGUGUGCGUACACGCUAUUUCGGGCACACUUCUGGGACGGAGGAGUGACCGUGCACAUGCGCACAUACCAUUUCUGGCACUCUUCCGACCCGGAAGUUGGUCCCCGUGGUGAGAAAAAAAAUGGCACCGCGGGGAAAAAAGCAUGGAAUCCCCAGGCCGAUCCACAGAGCGGCUGUGGACCGGUUCCAGGAAGCUCAUGGGCCGAAAGCAGCCCGUGGGCCUUAGGUUGCCGACCUCUGUGCUAAACCAUAGUUAAAGGUGAAUGUGCUGGGUGCAUUAGGCUAAAAUUGCGGGUACCUUGCUCUUCCACCCCUUCUGUUGUUGCAUGUUGCAUCUAAACUCAGACUCGUUUUGUUGCUCUCAAAAUAAACCAUGAGCUACAACCAAGGUUUGUUUGUGGCUUACCACUCAUGGUGGUUUGGGGAGAAACAAACCAUGAGUCUGGGUUUGGACAUGAUGCUUAGUGAAACCAUGGCUUUGCUGCCGACAACACAGAAGUAGCAGCAAAGCAGCUGCAAUUUUAGCCCUAUGCACCAGCAUGCUUUGUGUUCAUCUUUAAACAAUAGUUAACCAUGGUUUAAAGUGACAUGGGAGCAAGGCCUGUAUGUUUUGACAGCCUGUAACUUCAAAUAAUUUGAUUCCAGUCUUUUCUUUCCAUACUUGCCUGUUAUUUUUUCUUAGAUCUGUUACUGUAGAAUUUUCAGCAAACUGCUUUUCCUUGUGUGGAGGGCAGAAGUGCUGUGUGCUGGGCAGUAAAUGUCACCACUUGCGUAGGUGGAUAUAAUCCUAAGAGGUUUUUGAAUGUGUGCAUAUAUGCCAUAGGUCACCAGAGCAAAAUUUAAAUGCCACCUUCAAAGCAUUAAUGUCAUUUCUGUAGAGGGCUAUUAAGUACAAUUUUCCUGCAAUAAACAUUAUCUAAACUAUAGUGGACUAUUCCUGAGUAAUGGCCAUUUUUGUCAGAUCAUUCCCUCCCCAUUUAGAAAUGCAAGUUACCUCAUGAUGAGCUUGCAUACUAUCGAAAGGAUGGGAAAACCCCACUAAUGCUUAAUCAUAAUCCUACUACUAAUGUUUGUUAAGACAUUAAAUAUUUUACAUUUUCCUCCUGAGAUCAUAUGAGAUGAAUUGAGGUGAAUGAUCAUUUUUGUAGCUAAGCAAAAAUAAAAUAAAAGUGUAAUUGUAAUUAGGACAAAAAAUAUGGAAAUUAGUGUCUAGGACGUUUCCAUAAAACUUUCAGCACAUGAUCCUUUCUUAGCAAAGUUGGGGGCUACAUUUUUUUAAAAAAUAUAUUAUUAUAGUUAUAUCCCACUCUUUCCUACAAGAAGCUCAGGGUGGUGCACUUUCAUUUUAUUUUGCCAAUACCUGUGAGGUUGGUUAGGCUGAGAUCCUGCAACUGGCCAGUGAUCUUCAUGGCUGAGUGGUAAUCUGAAUCCUGGUAUCCAGGGUUCAGUAUCAGGGUUGGGCUAUGCAGGUAGUAUUCAAUACAUGUGGGCAUGUCUGGUUCAGGGAUCAGAGCAGCUGGAGCACACAGGGCAAGUGGGUGAGAUUCUUCUGUUUUUUGAGUGUACAUACAUUCAAGUACACAUGAUAAAACUGCCACUUUGUGGCUAUCUUUUCAUGGAAAGCAGGAUAAAUGUAAGGCUUUUUAUUUUAAAGAUUGGAAAUUGGCUGACAUGAUGGCAUCAUAUUUCUGCUGUUUCAUUAUUUCUCUGGCCUUGCACCAAAUAAUUACUUUAAUCUAAAAUGCUGCUUUAGCAAACCCUUGUGCGUUUGUUUCCCUGCAAGGUGAAUCACAUCUUUUAUUGGUUGGAGACCCUGGAACAGGGAAGUCUCAGUUUCUGAAAUACGCAGUAAAGAUUACUCCGCGUUCUGUACUUACAGCAGGAAUUGGAUCCACAAGCGCAGGUAAAAUGAGACAUCCAAAUGCACAAUCAACUGCGGUUGGAAUUUUUGUUUAUAUUGGGGGAGGAGGCAGUUGA